AUGUGCAGCUUCAUGCUGACGCAGGCCAGCACCACCGCCAUGGGCUCGGGCAUGCCGCCGGGUCGCUGUCGGAGGAGCGUUGGUGACUUCGGUUCUCGCGUAAUGGUCGGUACAGUUCGCGAGGAGGGCUGUGAAAGGUUCUACCAGGUCAUGGCCGGAGUCAAUGCCAGUCGCGACCACCCAGCCGAGAUCGGUGUCCGUGGCACUCUCAAGGCUUGGGUCUAG